GCUACUUUUUCUUUCGGCCACAAUCUGCUUCAAUCAGCUAAUCCGGUUUAAUUCAAUAGUCUUAGAAUGAGCUCUGAGGUUUUAGUGGCAAGGCCCCACUAUGACAGCAGAGCUGUGGCUCAGGGGGUCCCGGGGAAAGAGCCUCCCGUAGAGCUGGAUGUCCCUCCGCCGGCCUCGGGCUCAGCCACAGCGGGGUACCGCUCAGCUAAAUACUCACCGGCUGAGUGGUUCUCCAACUACCACACCAUCCUUCAACAGGCUGGUACCGGCCGCCACGAAGCCUGCAGCAUCCAGCGGGAGUCCAAAGCUUUGUACCAGGACGCUGAGGCCGCCACGUUCAAGACCCAGGCUGAGGGAACACGUCUUCUGGGAGAGAGACUACAAGAGAUCCACUCCUGGAAAUCAGAGCUGCAGCAGCACAUUCACCAGCUGCUCGCCAACACCGAGUCGCUGCUGGCGCUGAAGACGAGGCUGGAGAGGGCCCUGGACGCCACGGAGACCCCAUAUGCCAUCGCCACCGACAAUCUCAACUGCAGGACCAGGAGGCUGGGACCAGACCUGGUCCGAGACACUGUGGAGGAGGAGCUGGUGAAGGAAGUGGACUUGAUCAGGAGCGUCCAGGCUCUUCUGAAGAGGACUGCGGCUCAAGUGGUCACUCAGAUCAAGAUGAACAGAGAGGCUAAGCAGACGUUAGAGUUGGACUGGUCCGAUAAGUACCAGGCCUACAGCUUUGAUGACCACGGUGGAAGAUACAGCAACAUGAGCCCAGACACACAGCACCACCCCAGCUCAGCCGCCAUGCAGGACCAGGUGUGCAACUGCACAUCGUGGACAAAGUUUACCCAGGACAACUUAUCCAAGGCCUCGCAGGAAGAACAGGCCACCAACAGUCUCAGACUGCUGGUGGAGCGAGUGCUGCAGGACACCACUCAUGAUCUGAGAGUCCAGUGCUCCAGUGUGGACCGAGCCUUCAGUCAGCGCUGUGCGGAGCUGAUAGAGGCCAAGACCCAGCUGGAGAUGAAGCUCACACAGGUCUUGGAGCAGAUCGGGGCCCAGGAGAGGAGCAUCGUGGCUGUACAGCAGGCUAUCCACAACAAAGAGGCUCCACUGAGAGUAGCUCAGUCCAGACUCUACCUGCGCUCCCUCAGACCCAACAUGGAGCUCUGUAGAGAUGAGCCCCAGUUCAGUCUGGAAGGGGAGUUGAGGCAGCUUGACGCCACUCUGGCAUCUCUGCGCCAGCAGCUGAGUGAGGCCAGAGGCUCCCUGUCCCACCUGGAAGAGUCACGCAUGAGCCUCGAGAAGGACAUCAACUGUAAAACCCACUCACUGUUCAUCGAGAGGGGAAAGUGCAUGACUCACCGUAAACGAUACCCAGCGGUUUCCACUCUGUCGGGAUACUGA